CGCUUUCGACCUCUACCUCUGGUUCGAACUCAACGUCGCCAAUCCCAACAUGGCACCUCCCCAUCCCACACACCUACAACAUGUACGAGAUCCCCACCGCCUCCACCGAACGCGCGCGUGUCGCCUCUUCAUUGACAUCUCUCGCCGACUCGGACUUAGUGGGCAAGCACCUGCUCAAGGGUCUCGCGCUCACAACGGGCUCCGCGCUCGGCUUCGACCCGCCGACGCGCGCCGAGUGUCUCGCGAGCUACAUGAAGUCGAACCGUGUCGGGCUAACAGAGGGUGCGCGAGCGUGGAGUAAGCACGCGGCGAGGUCUGGGUCUGGGUCUGGCGCUGAGGGCGCUGACUCUGCCCAAUCCGCUGAAGCGGGCGCUUCCGGGAUGUCGUCCGCGUUGGCUCAGUCUCCACUUCUGGGCGGGGAUGCUCAUCCCGAGUCGAACCCUUCCUCACCAUCACCAUCAACACCUUCAUUGCACGAAGAAGAGCCACUUGUUGAACCCACAAAUCCCAAGAAACAGAAUAAACCCAAAGAAGCCCCGUCCAGCGACAGCGGCGGAUGGUGGGGCAGACCCUCGGGCCCCGUCGCGGGCAUCAACGCGCGCGCGCUGCAGCUAUUCGAGCGCGUGUUCGACGGCGCGACUUGGCGCAAUCUGCACUGGCUGCCGCACCAGGUGCUCGCGUACGAGGUGCGCAUGCCCGAGGGAUAUGGGAUGCGGUGGUCGCAGGAUUUGAAGGGGGUUGAGUUGGAGGAUCAUAGGAUGGCUUUGAGAGGAGCUGCUGGGGAAGAGAGAGAGGGGAAGAUGGAGGGCGCAGGAGGGGGGAACACGGUGGAGGAGGAUGUAAGAGGAGAGGAGGCGCAGGAGAGACAGUCAAGGUCGUGGGUCUUCCGAGGGUUUCUCGAGCCGAUGAUGGAGAAUGGGCACGAGCUGGGGUGGAGGCAUUGAUCCUUGAUUUUAGCUCUAAUAGGUGCAUGCGCCCAACUCAAGUGGUCUACGAUGCGCUGGCCUUGUCGCUGACCCGGUGACCAGUCCGCUACCUUGCGUCAUUCCGCUGGUGCCCCACGAAAUCCUGGGAGGACUGAAAUAACUCAGAUUGGUACGAUCGGUCCGCCACGCUUCCCUUAUCUCUCCCCCGACGCUCGAUACCUAAGCAUCGUCGAUCAUGGCAUCCCCCACCAGCUCUCGCGUAUGGUUCAUAACUGGCUCCUCCUCCGGCUUCGGCUUCGAGCUCACCCAGCUCCUCCUCGCGCAAGGCGACAUCGUCAUCGCCACAUUGCGAAAGCCCUCAGCCCUCGACACUCUCGCCGCGUCCUAUCCACCCUCGCAGCUGCUCGUUCUCCAGCUGGACGUCACAUCCGCCCCCGCCGUGCGCGCUGCGUUCGCACGCGCUAUCGACGCGUUUGGGCGCAUCGAUAUAGUGUUCAACAAUGCGGGGCAGAACUGUCUCGGCGAGGUCGAGGCCGUGGACGAGGAGAGCGCGCGGAGGCUGUUGGACGUGAACUUUUGGGGUGCGACGCAUGUUACGCAGGAGGCGGUGAGGGUUUUCCGGGAGGUGAACAGGCCGCAGGGUGGACGGCUGUUGCAGGUGUCGUCGAGGUUGGGCUUGGUCGGCGGACCGGCGAGCGGGUUUUAUUCAGCUUCUAAAUUCGCGCUUGAAGGCCUCACCGAGUCGCUCUACAAAGAGCUCAACCCCGCGUGGAACAUCAAAGUCUCCCUCAUUGAACCUGGGCCAUUCCGCACAAACCUCACCGGCGGCGGCGGCAACGUACAUAUCGUCCCCCCGCACCCGGCGUACGAAGACCCGUCUCUGCCCUCUGCGCAGUUCAGAGCGUUCAUCACGUCGGGCGCGGUGGAUGGGGACGCGGUGAAGGCGGUGAAGGUGGUGGAGCGGUUCUCGAGGCUCGAGAAUCCACCGUUCAGGCUGCCGCUGCAUAAGCGCGUGAUUGCGAGUCUGAGGGAUAAAAUUGGGGAGCUGAGUCGGACCGUGGAGGAGAUGGAGGCGUGGUCGGAGGAUUUGUAUUUCGAGGAGUAGGUGGUUGAGAUAAAUACUGUAUGGCUGUGACGAUCUUUGGAUCGUUGUACGCUAUUGCAAUUACUUUGCGUGGUGCAAGCGAGUCAUUUCC